GAGAGGUUGUUUUUUGUCCAAUAAUUUUAGGUAUAUUGAAGAGUAGGUUCCGAGCAUUAUUUUCGACAGACACAAUCUUGUGGGUAAAGUACACCCACUGCUAGUCUCCGCGGGGGCUCACUGGGCUAUGUCUGUCGGGAUUUUUCUCGGGACCAAUUCUUUGUAUACGUUGAAUUGUUGUUACCAUCCUUGCAUUUUGGAUUUUGGAAUGUUUUGUUACAAAACGAGUUUAGUAUAGUUCUAAGAUGGUUUAUGUUCGCCUUUUCCAUUGUAUCAAUAUUUAUGUUGAAGAAAAAAAAGUUGAGUCGCUAUGACAUGCUAAUCCUCAUAACAACUUAAAAGUGCACCUAGGCACCAUAAGAUUCUUGGCAUGAUUUUUCUUCGAGGGAAGCACAUGAUUUAUAGCCUGUUUGAAUAGUAUUUGACAAGUUGCUUUUCAACUGUUAGAAGUCGAAAAAUCAGAAGUUAAUUUGGCGACAUAAUUUUAAAAUGAUUUCUAGAAACAAAAAAGUUAUUAGCAUUAGAAGUCAGAAGUGCAUCAAAAGUUAACUUUUUUGCUUCUAGAAGUCGUUUUAAAACUCGAUACCCAAAUUAACUUCUUGCUUUUUGACUUCUAGAAAUCGAAAAGUAACUUCCACACUCAAAACCUUUUUUUUGUGGCAUAAAAUUUUUGUUUCUGACUUCUGCUUGUGCUGAAACAAAAUUUUGACAGUUUUUUAAUUAAUUUUGCUUGCCCUUGAUUUUAAUGAGUAUUAGACCUCAGUUCAAAACAAGAACAAACCUUUUUUUGUAGCAUAAAAUUUUUGUUUCUGACUUCUGCUUCUGCUGAAACAAAAUUUUGACAGUUUUUUAAUUAAUUUUGCUUGCCCUUGAUUUUAAUGAGUAUUAGAACUCAGUUCAAAACAAGAACAUGUGACAAUAAUCUCAUGUCAGUGAUAGAAUGAAUAUGGUGCCAAUGCUUCACUUUAUCAGGUGUUUUCAUACAACAGAUUAGGAUAUCUGAAGUAAAGUGAAGGCUGUAUCAUCCUUUGCAGUUGUGCAUGGCGCAUGCCAAUGGUGCAGCAAUUGAAAACCAACAGAGAUUAGUUUUAUCAAUUGGUAUUGGCCAGACAACUGUAAGGGUGAGGUGGCCACGAAUAACGGGUUUCAUUCAGUUCAGAUCGAACAACAAAAAAACAACACCAAAACAACCCCUCUCACAUUGGAGUGGGAUCUACCCAAAAAGGGAUCCCCUGCUAAGCUUUUGCGGGCAGGUCCCACAUUAAUGUGAGAGGAUUGUUUUUAAGUUGUUUUUUUUGUUGUUCGUCUAGAAUCACUCCAUCUCAUACUUCCGAUUGCAUUUCAUUACUGUUGGUCUUUUUUUUUUAUGAUGUUUUGAUGGAUAAAGAGAGAUUUGGGUUUCUAAAGUAAUUUGCAAAACAAAAAAGGUUAACAGACCGUCUCAAAGACGAGGUAGCUACGGGUCAUGGUGUUUUGCGGGAGUGGCUUCUCUGGGUAUGCCAAGCACUCUUUAGUCCAGAAAAUUAAAAUUCCCAUUUUGUUGAAUGCCCGAAGAACCGCUGCAGAUUCUUUCCCAACCCUGUACAAGUAGGCAUUGCGUGAAGUGCAAGUAGGCAUUGCAUUUGAUCGUGUAUUUUUCUUGCAAUUAGUAGGGGAAAACAUAUCUUUGAAUGACAUGUAAUGCGCAGAUCCAAUCAUGCACAGGAGUUGCAAAAAGAUGCUGGAGAUGGAUGUCAACUUUGUUGAUUCAGAUGCAAUGGGGUUAACAUUUGUCAGGGAAAUUGAAGAGUUCGGAUCCAGGAAAACCAUGGCGCUGUGCUUUGGAUGGAACAACAUUGUUGUCAAUAGUAAGAACAAAAGUAUGUACAUCUUAUUCAGCAUUGCUUCGUCAAAUCAAUCUGAGGUUAGGUUGCCUAUUUUGCAAACGGUCUUGCUGAUAUGCUUUGUAAGCCAAGGCUGGUGAAAAGCUUUUUCCAAGCUAUAGACCUGAAAGGUCUUGAUUGUGCUUUACUUGGAGGUGAUAAUCCUAUUCUUUUAAUAGAUUGGAAAGAGCAUGCCGAGUAGGAAGGCUACACAGAAACCUUGACGAAUAGAUUUGCUGGUUCUGGAAGGUUGUAGAGGCUGUCUAUGGAGCAGCAAGAGGGAGCUUCUUUUAUUUUGGACCUCAUUGAAAUGCCUACAAGUAAAUGGUUUUUCUGGCUUGCCUUGUCUUUUGACCAUAUACGAGACACCUGGUUCUGAUGAGCGCCUUUGUCACUUCCACAUUACCAUCGCACAACAUCAUCUCUCUUUUAAGUAUCUGCCAACAACAUGUAGGCUGUAUUUCUGGGCUUGAGGAACUCAUUUCUGGAUCAACAGGACAACUCGCUGUACCCACGACCCAACCUAUAAUAUGUCCAGCAUUUGUAGUUCUGAAAAUUGAAUAUUCAAUCUGAAUGCUUGAAAUAGUAUUUCAUUUUGUAUUGAAAAAUGCAGCUAGCAUUUUGCAUUCAUGGUUCAUUCGAAUUGACAACUGUUCAGGUAAAUUUUGUCACCUUAGAAAUAUUAAAAAAAUGAUGAAAAAAGAGACGUGUGCGGGUCCGUCAAGAACUAUGGAAUAGUGUGUUGAGCCAAAUAAAAAGUGCUAUGCAUGAAAAAUGAACACCGGCAGUCCCGAGAGCAAUGGUCAGUCGGUCUGUUGCUAUUUCCAUGGCUUCGCAAGAUGCUGCUGUUAGUAGACAUGGAGAGGAAGAAUCCUAAUACGGGCUCAACCAAAUGCGGCAGUGGAUGAGCUACAGGGCCGGAACCAGCUUAGAGCAUGGUCGUGCAGUUGCAAACCCAGCCCAAUAAAGAACUGCAUCUUCUCCGAAGAUCUAUAAUAUAAUGUUAUUCUAGUGCCGCUGCUUGUCUCAGAAGAUUGUGCAGCAGAGAGAGAUGGGUACUCCAAACUCCGGCGACUGCUAUCCGUUCCAAAGGCCUAGGGUUUCAGUCAGCGCAUUACAACCGAGAACUGAUCAAGAUAUUCGAGCGGUGUCCGACAGAUAUCCAGCUCCUAAAGCUAAAACACCAGAAGAACUUGAGACAUCCUUCGUACAAAUAUUCAAAGAUUACACCAAAGCAGCUCGUAAAAAGGAGGAUAGUGCACCUGAAAUCGCUGAUUGUGAACAGAAGCUUAUCAAAGUAAUCAGACAGUUCAGAAAGGUCAAAACAGUUUAUCACAAAUUCUUUCCUCAGUUAGUAAAUCUUAAGGAGGUUUUUCCGUCGAUGAUUGAAUUAUUAAAAGAUGAUAAAUGCGGUAAGCGUUUAGCUAGUUGUACUCUUUCAACAUUCGAAGAACUUUAGCUAACUCAUGAGGAUUAUGCAGUUCCUGGUCAAAAAACACAAGUUGCCUUGAUGGUGCAAUCUCUAGUUAACAUGGGAGCCUUAGAAGUAUUUGCUUCUACUAUUGGCAAGUUUUCUGACAAUGAUGAUUUACGAGCAGUACAAAAUAUUGCACAGAUGAUUUUUGAAGGAGGAGGAGCUGUAGCAACAAUUGCCGGCUGUAACAGCAAACUGAUUAAUUGGGUAUUGGAAGCAAUCACAUGUACCAAAUGGGAUGCAAAAGUGUGUGCUGUGGGGUUUUUAAAUACUCUUUUGAUGUCUAGUAUGAAAAAUAGAUUCCAGUUAGGCCAAAUGGGCAUUGUGCCUGUUGUUGUAAAUGCUCUUUCAUCUCUUACAAGUCCUGACGAAGAAAAAACAGAAGAAGAGAAAGAACAAGAAGAAGAAGAAGACCUGCCUUGGACUUUGUUUGGUUGUUUAUUUUUUCUAUUAGAACAUCUGGAGAACAAAGUGCAUUUUGUCAAUGCUGGAGGAGUCAAGGUAAUGAUCAAAAUCAUCCAGGAUGAGGAAUUGGAUGAUUAUUUUUGUGGGUCUGCCAUUGCGGCACUUGAUAUAGUGAAAGGUUGUGCUUCUGACAAGUUUGUGAAUGAUGCUUUGGAAUUGGACAUUGCAAUAUUCCCUCCUUCCAUGGAUAUGAUUCAUGGGAGCACUAUGCAUUUUAAAGCAGAAAUUGAAGAACGUCUUAUAUCUCUAAUUGAAUCAUUAACUGGUGGCAUUGCCGAGACGGAAAAACAUAUAUUGUCAAAAAGGUUUGAGGAGAAUGAUGGUGAACGAAUCACUUGGCUUAUGGAGCACUUCAUACGAUAUUCCAAAAAAGUUGAUGCAGCGGCAAAUCAUCUCAAAAAGAAACAGCUGAACUCGUCUGAGCUCUACAAGGAAAAAUUGCAAUAUGGAUUCCCCACGCUUCAGUCCAUUGCUGUUAUUCUUGGUUAUCUUUGGUCGUCCGAGAAUAUCGUGACAACAUUGGCAGCGCGGGCGGAUCAGUAGAAAGUACAAAGACAGUGAUCGAGGAAUACAUUGCUUCUCUUGAGGUUGAAAAUCGUGACCAGAGGAUGAAAUCAUGUACUUGAAAAUCCUGACUAGGGGGUGGAGCUGGAUGCAAACA